GUUCUUCCUGACACCUUUCUCUUCGCCCAUUUCACAUACUUUUAUUCCCUCAAAGUCUACUCGUUUAUUUCUGGCUCUGCUACCUACACAACUCGAAACAACCAGAGCAUUUUUAACUUGCUCCGUUCCGCAGGUCGAAACCUCCACAUCCUCGUUUUUUCUAUCCCCUGGUUUCUGAAGCCUAUCCUUUGCAUAACGGAAUUUCGUGCUUUGACCUCUACCCUCGACCCUUCGGCCGUUUUUAUUGAAGGACCCCGCACAGCGCAUACACACACCAGCAAUGAUUAGAGAUACACCGCGCCGCAUAACAAACAUCCACCGCAACGUGACGGUGACCCCGUUUCUGAACAAGCUAUACAACAUGGUGGACGAUGUAGCCAGCGACGAUCUCAUCCGCUGGUCCGACGAUGGCAAUUCAUUUAUUGUUGCGCAGCACGAAGACUUUGCUAAGCAGGUACUGCCGCGGUUCUUCAAGCACAACAACUUCUCGAGCUUUGUCAGGCAGCUCAAUAUGUACGGGUUCCACAAGGUACCCCAUUUGCAGCAGGGUGGGCUGCUGGCGGACAGCCCGGAUGCGGAGAGCUGGGAGUUUAGCAACGAGAAUUUCCAGCGCGGACAGCCGGACCUGCUGCAUUUCAUCCGACGCAAAAAGGGCAGCAGGGACAGCGAGCAUGCAGAGUCAGCACAGGCCGAUCCAGAGCGGACUGCAGAGGCCGAGGAGAAAGACGAAGUAGUGGCGCCAGUCAGCAGCACCAGUGGGUCAGCGAGUGCUGCAAGGAGCACAGCCUCAGUACACGCGAUUCCAAGCCGCCAGCGUGCAUCGCGAGCACCGCCAGUCAACUUGGCCAAAAUUCUGAAGGAGAUACAAGUCAUUCGCGACCACCAAAUGACCAUCAGCACGGACAUUAAGCAUCUGCAGGAAGACAACCAGGCCCUGUGGAUGGAGGCAGCAGCGACGCAGGAGCGCUACAAACAGCACCAGGAGACCAUUGACAAGAUCCUGCGCUUCCUGGCGACCGUGUUCAAGGCCGACUCGCAGCACCUGGAGCUUCAAACAGGCAUGCGUCGUCUGCUGCCGAAUCCAGGCAACAGUAAAGCAGCAGGUUUUUCGCACACGUCCGACUUUACAGACAUGCUGGACUCUGAUCUGCAGCAGGCGCAGCGUGGGCAACAGGAGCCACCGCAUAAGCGCAUGAGAGCUGAUAGCACCGCAUCGCGGACAGGCAGGAUCUACGAGGUCGGCUCUACCCCACCGUCGCCAGCUGAGCGUGUGGCUCAGCGCAGAACGUCAAAGGAAGGAACGCCGCGGCAGCAGACGCCUGAAUCCGGCUCAGUGGCGCCAACGACUGCCCGAAAAGUGGCCAACCCACGGGCUACUUUCGGUCCACCACGCCCGCCGAGCUCGUCAUCGGUGAAUGCGAUAGCGAAUAACGCGCUUGUGCCGGUGUCGCAAAACAGCAACGCGUACCAGCGGAUGAAGGCCAACACAAAGUCGAUCGAGCAGCUGCAGCGGGAGGUCGACAUGCUGGGUCAUAGCUUGACCUCGCUGACGCAGCACCUCAUUUCGGCAGCCGAUGCGCAGCAGGCAGCGGCCGCUAUUCCUCGGCAACCGGUAGCGAAUACUGCCAGCUCAGUCCAGCCCAUUGGCUCAGCAGGCAGCUUUGUGCCGUCGGCAGCCACGGCGAAUGCAGCGGGCCAGGGCGUGUCCCAUGGGUCACUGGAUGAUACGCUGGCACAGUCGCUGCUGACACCCGAGGUUCUGAGUACGCUGGCGUCGACGCUUGCUGGUAAUAGCGGCUCGUCGCUGCUUGCUGCCAGUGCUGCCCACCCCAAUGUCGCCAGUGCCUUCAGCCCGCAGACGGCUGCAGCGGCAGCAAGCGGGUACCUGCAAACUGCCCCGCUUGGCCAAACUGUAAGCACCGCCAGCACCUUUUCGAGCGCACCAUCGCUUGAUGGCCUGGAUCCGAACCUGCUGUCGUCGGUUGCCAAGGCAGAGUAUUCCCCUGACCAGCUGGCCGCUCUGCAGCGACUGUUUGCAGUGAUCAACGGCGGCGGAAACACUGUGCCCUUACUCACUGCGGGCACUGGCGACAACAGUACCGUCGGCAGCGGGAUUGUUAAUGUGCCGACCCCUGACAUCAACGCUGGCAGCACACCAUUCCUGGACUUUGUCGACCCAAACGCAGCCGACAACUCUGCGCCGGAAACCAGUGCCUAUGCAGCCACUGGUAGCACGGCUGCGCAGCCACCGGCCAUGGACGACGAGUACACCAAGCUGCUGCUCAAUGCGCUGGAGAAUGCGACGGGUGUGUCGGCAAUAGAUGGAGCGCUGCACGAAGACGCAUCGGCUAUCGACCCAUCAAUGGCAGACUUUUUCAGCUCCAUUGUGACUAGCGGCGCAGCAGCGACAUCGCCAGACAUCGCAGCUGCCACUGCUGGGCUGGCGCUGCCCCAAAAGGUUGCUGGCAGCAGUAUCACCGCUGCACCGAUUUCGAAGGAACCCACCACGUCUGCCGGUGCUCCUGAGGCGAACGUUUAGCGAUUUCGACAGUGAAUCUAGUAGAAAAAUAGCAUUUUUGUAGAUAAUUCGAGUGCGUAGAACCGCCGUGUGAGUAACCGUCAGCUACUAGAACACUAGCCAUCCGGUAGUUGGGUGCACCAGCUAAACCCAACAUGCGGUCCGAGGAAGAGACAGGAAUUCACCUGUGACCUUGUACACAGCUGGCACGAGAAGUAGCAGGCCUAGAUACGAAGAGGCCUCGAAACUUGCAUCUACAGAAGAAACCUAAAACUGAACUACGUGCCAAACAAUCAACUGCAUCAUAGGCUUGUGAGGCUGCUUUGUUCACUCUUUCCAACUGCAGCACAGCGGCUGAGACGAGCAUUCUCUUUUCAUUCCUCUUCAG